AAAUUUUAUUCGAAUUCAAAUAAUUUAAAUAUAUCUUUUACAUCUCUAAAACAAUACAUUAUUUUACAAUUUAUGACAACAACCAAAUCAAACAUUACUUAUCUAAAUUUAUGACACAGCACAGCGGAAAAAUAGAGAAAUAAAAGAAGUUUUUAAUAAAAUUAAACUGGAAAAAAACAAAAACCAGUUUGCAAAUUGCAACUACCACGAUCGUUGAUGAACUCGUAGAAGCUUAGGUGAGAGUUGAUAAGAGAGGGAUCCAAAAAGAACAGCAAAUGGCUUCAUUACUUCAUUACUGACAUUAGUUGCUAACUCCAUCCCUUUGGACCGUCGACUGGUAGAUAGAUUUAAGCUAAAAAAAAAUCCUCAAAAUUUCUCUCUCUCACAGUUGUAUUCUAUCGUGUCUCUGUUUCUCAGAUUUUCUUUUCCCUCUCUGCUCUUUUGUUGUUUUCUGUUUGGUUGAGGGGAUUUUGACUUUUGCGGGAAAGCUCGGGGAAAUAAGAGAAAUGGUCAGAAUGACGAAAAUGCCACUGAACUUAACGCCUAUGGAGCUUCCAGCUCUGGUGUCCGAUUGGUGGGACGAGAUCAAUGAUUCGACUCAGUGGCAGGAUGGAAUCUUCUAUACUCUUUGCGCCGCUUAUGCUCUAGUCUCCUCCGUUGCUCUGAUACAAUUAAUAAGGAUUGAAUUGAGAGUGCCCGAAUAUGGUUGGACGACGCAGAAGGUUUUCCAUCUUAUGAACUUCAUUGUUAAUGGAGUGCGUGCUAUUGUGUUUGGAUUGCACAAACAAGUAUUUGUAUUGUAUCCCAAGGUACUCACAUUUGUACUGUUGGAUCUUCCUGGCCUUCUGUUUUUCUCCACAUACACAUUACUUGUCCUGUUUUGGGCAGAGAUUUAUCACCAGGCAAGAAGCUUACCAACGGAUAAACUCAGAAUUUUUUAUGUAUCAAUCAAUGGUGUUAUUUAUGUUAUACAGGUCUGCAUUUGGUUAUACCUCUGGAUAGAUGACAACAGCGUGGUGGAAUUUAUUGGAAAAAUAUUUAUUGCUGUGGUGUCAUUUAUAGCUGCAUUAGGAUUCUUGCUGUAUGGAGGAAGAUUAUUUUUCAUGCUAAGACGUUUCCCUAUUGAAUCAAAAGGAAGAAGGAAGAAGCUGCAUGAGGUUGGUUCUGUUACAGCCAUUUGUUUCACGUGCUUCCUGAUUAGGUGCUUUGUGGUGGUUUUAUCGGCUUUUGAUUCAGAUGCAUCACUUGAUGUUUUGGACCAUCCAAUUUUGAACUUGAUCUAUUACAUGCUUGUUGAGAUCCUACCUUCAGCUCUAGUUUUGUAUAUCCUGCGUAAGUUGCCUCCAAAGAGAAUAUCUGCCCAAUAUCACCCCAUCCGUUAGCCAGAAUGCUAUUCUGUUGGUAGGAUUGUUUUUCCCCUAGAAAAAUAGUUUUGGCAUGGUUCAGAUAGUUAGUUGCUGUCGGAAUUAAGGGAAGCAUGGCCGGUGAACAAUCCAGUAAUAAACUGGAACGGCUCGUGGUGGGGCAAAAUUUUUUACAUGUAGAUUACAUAUCUAUUUGCAGCUUUCUUAAGGGGAGAUCAUUGAAUUGAUUUCUUCAUGGGUUAUAUGAUCGAAGAGUUGGUAAAGUCACCCUCUUUGUGCAUUAUUGGUUGCAAUUGGAAGAUUUUGUUUUUUCUUGUAGUUUCAAUCAUCAAUUCAGUAGUUGUUAUUUCUGUUUGUUCUUAGAGAUGAUGGGUUUGUUAUAAAUACUUGAUGGAAAUGAUAUUAGUUUGAUUUUUUUCCUCCAAUUGUCGGCCAGCCAUUCUUUCUUAUGUUUUGUAGCUCUUCUGAAAGUUCCUUUUGCUCCCAUGUUAGAAUCCAUUGACUCCAUAUCAAAGGAGAAUACUUGUUAGUUAUUACAUACUCCUAA